ACUUUAUUCAGUUGACAGCAAGUAGGAGGGCUCUAUGGCAGGGGAAAAAAAGACAACACGAGAAAAAUUAGUAUUUUCUACCUUCAGAAAUUAAUGGCCAUGAGUUCGUACAUGGUGAACUCUAAGUAUGUGGAUCCCAAAUUUCCUCCUUGCGAGGAAUAUUUGCAGAACAGCUACCUAGGCGAGCAGGGGGCCGAGUACUACAGUGCCUCGCAGGGCUCUGAUUUCCAGCACCAGGGACUCUACCCACGGUCAAACUACAGCGAGCAGCCCUUUAGCUGUAGCAAUGCCCAAGGCUCUGCCGUGCCGCCGCGGGGUCAUGGACAGGAGCAAUCCGGCCCGGCGAGCCACUUCCCCGGCCCAGCAGAGCAUUGUCCAACGCCUCCAAUGCCCAACUCGCGAGCCUGCAGCCAGCAGCCGGCCCUCAAACCCCCAAACGGGUCAGCAGUUAAGCAGCCAGCAGUAGUUUAUCCCUGGAUGAAGAAAGUCCAUGUUAACUCGGUGAAUCCCAAUUACAGCGGAGGGGAACCUAAACGCUCCCGCACAGCUUACACCAGACAGCAAGUCCUAGAACUGGAAAAAGAAUUUCAUUUUAACAGGUACCUGACCAGGCGCCGCCGUAUCGAGAUAGCCCACACUUUGUGUCUCUCUGAGCGCCAGAUCAAGAUCUGGUUUCAGAACAGAAGAAUGAAGUGGAAAAAAGAUCACAAACUGCCCAACACGAAGGGCAGAUCUUCUUCCUCUGGUUCAAACCCCCAUUUACAGACUGGUUCCAAGGACCAUCAGACUGACUUGACAACUUUGUAGAAGAGGUGAAAUUUUCCAUUUCAUCCUUUGCUUCUGACCAGUACUGUACAUAACUGACACUGCCCAAGCAGAACCUGCAUGUAGCAGCUAAGGACUCGAGAAACUGCCAUCUUUCUUUAAGGUACUGUCGUACAAAGGAGACAAAAUGACGCUACUUUGGACUUUAUUUUAUUUGCCUCUGCUAGCACAACCUAAAAAAGGAAAAAAAAAAAAAAAGGGGGGGAAAGAAGGAAAAAAACCAAACCAUCAUGCAGGCAGUCGGAAUUGGGAAAAUAUUAAACGAGACCUUCUGUCCAUAAAAAGUAAUAAAUCAUUGAAAAUGAAACUGUCCUGUGUUUCAGUUUUGAAUUCGAAAGUGAAGGUUUGAUGCUUUAUUCCGUGAUUUUUACUUUUAAUUGUCUUUUUAUCCCAUGUUAUUUCGGGAGGAUGCAUUUGGGCAAGUUGAGGACAGGAAAUUUAUAGCAUAGUCUUUUAUUUGAACAUAAAGACUAGUAAUUGUGAACUUUUUGUGCUGCUUUACCUUUCUUGGUGUAAUUAAAAUACUUGCUCAUUUCCAUAACGUCUCAGAAGGUGUGCAUAGAAAUUAAGUGAAAACGGGUUAUUUUACGUACUGGUAGUGUUAGCGUAUUUAUUUAUUUGUUCCGUAGAAGAGUG